AUGAAAGUGAAAGUGCUCUCACGUAACCCGGCAGACUAUAUACGCGAAUGUAAGUCUGAUAUACAUAAAAUCCCGCGAAAUAUCGACCCGAGUUUGCAUCCGUUUGAGGCAGCACGUGAAUAUACGAGGGCUCUAAAUGCUGCUAAACUCGAGCGGGUUUUUGCCAAACCGUUUGUCGGAUCUCUUGAUGGACAUACUGAUGGCGUUAACUGCAUGGCCAAGUUUCAGAAAAGCUUGUCGUUGCUGUUGAGCGGUUCCUGUAAUGGCGAGGUAGGACCCGAGUGCCUUGUUCUAUACUUCUGUUGACUAUUGUUCUUGCAUUUAAUAGUAUUUUUGCAAAACCUGUAAGAAUUUGUCCAGUUCCGUCACAGAAUAGGAACCUUACAGAAGGUCGACUUCUUGAUUUUGCUUAACCAUUGCAAUGCUGUUGCGAUGGGCCUAGCCAGUGUGCUUUAAUAUGAGCGGCAUUCAUUCGGCCCUCUUAAGAGAUUAAAACAUGGUGGACUUCAGGGGAUGAAUGCCUCUCAUAACUGCACUGGUUAUAACCAUGGCGCCAGCAUUUUGAUGACAAAUUAUUGCGAAUCAUGGCAUGGCAUGCUUCGCAAUGUCACAAAAUAGGAAAGUACAGCAGAAGUGUAACUUGAGUCGGUGUUUACGUCCACGAAAAGUUUAACUCGCUCAUGCCAUCCUGGCUAGUACAGCCAGAAGUUUUUAUCAGAUUUUGGUAGGUACAAAGUGCCGGUUGUACUAGCCAGGAUGGCGUGAUUGAUGACGAAUCGCUUGUAAAAAUGCAGACAAAUGCUUGCUUGAGUGAGACUUCUGGUGUACCUUCUUAUUCUGUGGCAAUGUUAUGCUUUUUUGGCUUCCUUCGAGGGGAAGGGAGUCAAGCUUUCGUUGGGCUCUAUUCUGUAGUUCUGUCUUCCUUACCUUAUCACAUAUUCUUGGUGACUUCCCUCCCUUUUUUUGUGAAACAAGCCUAAAGGCAAUGUUAGCAAGACCUGAUUUACAUUGUAUCAACUGUUUUCUUCUUGUUCAGGUGAAAUUAUGGAAUCUUUCCAGGAAGGAGUGUAUUAGAUCUUAUUCUGCCCAUAGUGGAUUUGUACGAGGUCUGGCUGUUGUCCCAACUGGAGAAAUCUUUAUUUCAGUGAGUAUUUAUUAAUAAAUGUGGAGAUAAUUAACAUGAUUUCAGGACUAAGAGAACACAAUUUAGAGCUCAGUUUGAAUUGUAUCAAUUUGCUCAUUAUUUUUAUUCUAGGUUGGUGAUGACAAGUUGAUUAAACAUUGGAGAUGGAAACAAGAUGAUGAUGCAAAGAAAUCAACUCAUUUAGUUCAUACUAUUGUGGGCAAAGUUAGUUGCGUUUCUGAGUCAUUGUGCAGAAUUAUGAUAUACAGUAUGGGGUAGACAAAGAGAAGAUAAACUACCAGUAGAUGAACUUAACCUUUUCAGUGGCAAUGUGCCCUGAUGCACCCUCCUUUAUUAUUUGACUCUGUCUAAUGCCAGACAAUUUUACUUGACAAGAGGAGAGUACUGUCUCUUAAUUUAAUGGGUCAACUCAUGAGUUAGCUUCAAAACUUGAAAGAAACAUCAACUAAGUUACAAUAGAAACUGGUAUUUAUUUCAUUAUUAUUAUAUGUUAUUAUCACUCAUUUAUUACUCCUAGACAAUGUUUCAAGGUAUUGAUCAUCACUGGCGGGACAGUGUUUAUGCAACGUGUGGGGACCAAGUGGAUAUCUGGAACGAAGACAGAUCGGAGCCGGUCAGAUCUUUCCAGUGGGGUGUGGAUACUGUCCAUAGCGUUAAAUUUAACCCUGUUGAGGUAAUUAACGAAAACUCACCAACAAAACUCCCUUUUCAAAUGCUAGAACUCCCUUUUCAAAUGCCAGAACUCCCUUUUCAAAUGCAAAGACUCCCUUUUCAAAUGUGAAAACUCCAUUUUCAAAUGCCAAAACUCCAUUUUCAAAUGCCAGAACGCCGUUUUCAAAUGCCAGAACUACCUUAAUUUUCAAAUGCGAAAACUUCGUUUUCAAAUCCGAAAACUCCGUUUUUUAAAUGCCAGAACUCCGUUUUCAAAUGCAGAACUCCCUUUUCAAAUGCGAAAACUUCGUUUUCAAAUGCCAGAACUCCGUUUUCAAAAGCCAGAACUCCGUUUUCAAAUGCUAAAACUCCGUUUUCAAAUGCCAGACCUCCGUUUUCAAAUGCCAGACCUCCGUUUUCAAAUGCCAGAACUCCCUUUUCAAAAGCCACGCCAAGUCCCUUUUCAAAUGCCAGAACUCCGUUUUCAAAUGCCAAAACUCUGUUUUCAAAUGCCAAAACUCUGUUUUCAAAUGCCAGAACUCCCUUUUCAAAUGCCAGAACUCCCUUUUCAAAUACCAUAACUUCGUUUUCAAAUACUAAAACUCCGUUUUCAAAUGCUAAAACUCCGUUUUCAAAUGACAGAACUACCUUUUCAAAUGCCAGAACUCAGUUUUCAAAUGCCAAAACUCCCUUUUCAAAUGCAAAAACUUUGUUUUUAAAUGAUAAAAUAACAGCAUUGUUACAACUUGUUGACAAGCUUGCUACAAGUCUGUUGUGAACAAAUAUAAUAAUAGCAUUGCUACAACUUGUUGACAAGCUUGCUACAAGUCUGUUACGAACAAAUAUAAUAGCAUUGUUACAACUUGUUGACAAGCUUGCUACAAGCCUGUUACGAACAAAUAUAACAACAGCAUUGUUACAACUUGUUGACAAGCUUGCUACAAGCCUGUUGUGAACAAAUAUAAUAACAGCAUUGUUACAACUUGUUGACAAGCUUGCUACAAGCCUGUUGUGAACAAAUAUAAUAACAGCAUUGUUACAACUUGUUGACUACUUUGCUACAAGCCUGUUGCGAACAAAUAUAAUAACAGCAUUGUUACAACUUGUUGACUACUUUGCUACAAGCCUGUUCCGAACAAAUAUAAUAACAGCAUUGUUACAACUUGUUGACAACUUUGCUAAAAGCCUGUUGUAAACAAAUAUAAUAACAGCAUUGUUACAACUUGUUGACAAGCUUGCUACAAGCCUGUUACGAACAAAUAUAAUAACAGCAUUGUUACAACUUGUUGACAAGCUUGCUACAAGCCUGUUACGAACAAAUAUAAUAACAGCAUUGUUACAACUUGUUGACAAGCUUGCUACAAGCCUGUUGUGAACAGAUAUAAUAACAGCAUUGUUACAACUUGUUGACAAGCUUGCUACAAGCCUGUUGUGAACAAAUGUAAUAACAGCAUUGUUACAACUUGUUGACAAGCUUGCUACAAGCCUGUUACGAACAAAUAUAAUAACAGCAUUGUUACAACUUGUUGACAAGCUUGCUACAAGCCUGUUACGAACAAAUAUAAUAACAGCAUUGUUACAACUUGUUGACAAGCUUGCUACAAGCCUGUUACGAACAAAUAUAACAACAGCAUUGUUACAACUUGUUGACAAGCUUGCUACAAGCCUGUUGUGAACAAAUAUAAUAACAGCAUUGUUACAACUUGUUGACAAGCUUGCUACAAGCCUGUUGUGAACAAAUAUAAUAACAGCAUUGUUACAACUUGUUGACAAGCUUGCUACAAGCCUGUUGCGAACAAAUAUAAUAACAGCAUUGUUACAACUUGUUGACAAGCUUGCUACAAGCCUGUUGCGAAUAAAUAUAAUAAUAGCAUUGUUACAACUUGUUGACAAGCUUGCUACAAGCCUGUUGCGAACAAAUAUAAUAACAGCAUUGUUACAACUUGUUGACAAGCUUGCUACAAGCCUGUUGCGAAUAAAUAUAAUAAUAGCAUUGUUACAACUUGUUGACAAGCUUGCUACAAGCCUGUUGCGAAUACGUUUUGUUGACAAGUUGUGAGAUUUUUACGUGUGAACAGUAGUAGUACAAUUCUCCUUCCGGGAAGAAGGAAGAUGCUAAUCAGGCAGACAAAACAGUAGAAAGAGACUGUCUGUGUGUUGUUUGUUCUAGACAAAUCUGCUAGCAAGUACGGCAUCAGACCGAAGCGUGGUUUUGUACGACACUCGUGGGGCGACCCCGCUUCGUAAACUCCUGAUGAAAAUGCGCAGCAAUACAGUGGCCUGGAAUCCAUUGGAGGCAUUCAACUUUACCGUGGCCAACGAGGACUCAAAUCUCUACACGUAUGACAUGCGUCGACUAGACUUUGCGGUCAGCGUACAUCAAGAUCAUGUUGGCGCUGUACUUGAUGUAGAUUAUUCACCAACUGGCGAGGAAUUUGUAUCCGGGAGUUUUGAUAAGACGAUCAGGAUUUUUCCACGUGAUCGUGGUCAUAGCAGGUAACAAGUUGUAACAAUGUUGUUGUCAAGCCGAUAUCAGGAUGUGUUCGCACUGCUUGUUCCCAGUUGUUGUAACAAGUCUGGAACAAGUUGUUAUCAUCUUGUUACAAGGUUGAUGACGGUAACAGACCUGCUACAAGUUGUUCCGACAAGACUAAUACAGGCUGUUCGUAACAAGUUGCCACGAGCUUGUUGUCGUCAACUUGUUAACAACUUGUUACGUGCAGACGAUAUCAGACUUGUUGGAACAACUUGUUGCGAGUCUGUUGGCCUCAUCAACCUUGUUACAAUAUGAUAACAACUUGUGUCAAACUUGACAAGGAUUUUGAAGACAAGCUCUGAAUAAUUCAUAAAUAGUCGCAUUAUUACGUUCAUGCAUGCUUGCUAUUUGUAUGGAAGAAAAAACAUUCUCAAAUUCAUUAAUAAUUCAUGAGUAAUUCAGCCAAUGAUAAUCACCUAUUUAAUCACAAGAUGCCAUUUGGAUACUUGAUGAAAGUCACUAGUGUUUUCAUCAAAUAUCUUAAUUACGCAUGCAAAAUUACUUGAAUAGAAUUCCUAAUUACGUUAUGCUUGGUUAAGAAUUCUAUUCAGAUCAGCAAACGAAAACAUUCUGUCACGUCUCGAUUCAUUUGAGAAGCCAUAUAAACAACUCGAGCUCGUGUCUCACCGGGAUAUCCAAACACUCGAAAACAAUGUAUGAAAACACUCGCGCUUCGCGCUCGUGUUCUCAUACAUUGUUUUCGAGUGUUUGGAUAUCCUGGUGAGACACGAGCUCUCGUUGUUCAUAUAUUACAUCUUGUGUUUCUUCAGACAUAUUCAAGAACAUCUUAAUAAUGAAGAAGAGUUCCCCAAAGAUGGACAGUUUGCAGAAGACAUACAAGCCAUAAAAAAUGGUGAUGACACGAAAGGUCUGUCUUAUAGCCUGGACCUCUAGGGAAAACAGUUUAAAGCUAUCCAGUAUAAAUAAAGUUUGUUUAGUUUAGGUUUCCCCCUGUAGUAAUAGUACUCACACUGGAUCAAUAAGAGAUGAUCCUUACUGGACCUCUAGGAAGAACAGUUUAGAACUGAUAGAGCUAUCCAGUAUAAAUAAAGUUAGUUUAGUUUAGGUUUCCUCCUAUGGUAACACUGGAUCAAUAAGAGAUGAUCUUUACUGGACCUCUAGGAAGAACAUUUUAGAACUGAUAGAGCUAUCGAGUAUAAAUAAAGUUAGUUUAGUUUAGGUUUCCUCCUGUAGUAACACUGGAUCAAUAAGAGAUGAUCCUUACUGGACCUCUAGGAAGAACAGUUUAGAACUGAUAGAGCUAUCCAGUAGAAAUAAAGUUAGUUUAGUUUAGGUUUCCCCCUGUAGUAACAGUACUAACACUGGAUCAAUAAGAGAUGAUCCUUACUGGACCUCUAGGAAGAACAGUUUAGAACUGAUAGAGCUACCCAGUAUAAAUAAAGUUAGUUUAGUUAGGUUUCCUCCUGUAGUAACACUGGAUCAAUAAGAGAUGAUGCUUACUAGACCUCUAGGGAGAACAGUUUAGAACUGAUAGAGCUAUCCAGUAUAAAUAAAGUUAGUUUAGUUUAGGUUUCCUCCUGUAGUAACACUGGAUCAAUAAGAGAUGAUCCUUACUGGACCUCUAGGAAGAACAGAGUAGAACUGAUAGAGCUAUCCAGUAUAAAUAAAGUUAGUUUAGUUCAGGUUUCCUCCUGGAGUAACACUGGAUCAAUAAGGAAUAACCCUUCCGGCUUCAAUGUACCAAUCUAAGCAACGGUAUCGCUUUCUAGGAAUAUUUUACUUCUUUGAACUCCACGACUUCGACAAGAACAAAAAGCUAGAUGGUCUGGAACUCUUUGUAGCCCUGACAGACCAUCACGACAAAAUAAACACGGAACAAGAUGGCCGGGAGUUACUCGAAGAAGAAGUAGAGUCUCUUAUAGACAACUUACUAGAUGAACACGACCUCAAUAGCGACGGUUAUAUCGAUUUCACGGAACUAAUGAACACAGCACCCGACUCACUUUGGAACAAAUUGGGCAAAGUUUAAUUGCCAUGUUCACGAAGCGUUAAAAGACAGCAGAUUCAACUUCAAAAUUGUCAACUUCAAAAAUAUUGACAUUUUGUAGAGCGAAGAUAUCAAGGGCUUGUUAACGGAUAUAAAAUUCUAUUUUUGUUCACGUUAGCCAGCCUAGCUAGGCUAGAUCUCGCCUUGCGCUAGAUGGAAUCUUGGUCAAGGGCAUAAAAUUUGCCAUACGAAAGCUGUAUCGCACCUGAUUGGGACGGACCAUUUUGACCUAUAGGUUUCUUCCUGUAGUAAGAUGGACCAAUAAGAGAUGAUCCUUACUGGACCAUCUACAGUUUAGAACUGAUAGAGCUAUCCAUGAUAAAUAAUGUUAAUUUAGUUUAAACUGUAUGCACAAAGCAUAUAUAAUCUGAAAUAUUUAAUUUUAGCACAAAAUUCACUCUAUACUUUUUUCAUAAUUCAUAUAAAUACAAAUUUUAAUAACUCGUGCAAAUAGUCGCUUUAAAAAUACUAUAUAGAUUUAGGCAAUUCUUUUGCGUACAAAAAUUUACAGUUUCUAAACACUCUAUUAUCAUUGGAAACACACAAACGAACACUUUGUAUUUGUAAAGGUCCGCCGUGGUUUGUGUCUGGACUACAUACGGAAAAACGCGCAAGUUCUGAUCUGCAAACAAGUUGCAGCAAGGUUGUUGUGAAGCCGAUAUCAGGAUGUGUUCGCACUGCUUGUUCCCAGUUGUUGUGACAAGUCUGGAACAAGUUGUUAUCAUCUUGUUACAAGGUUGAUGGCGGUAACAGACUUGCUACAAGUUAUUCCAACAAGACUAAUACAGGCUGUUCGUAACAAGUUGCCACGAGCUUGUUGUCAUCAACUUGUUAACAACUUGUUACGUGCAGACGAUAUCAGACUUGUUGGAACAACUUGUUGCGAGUCUGUUGGUCUCGUCAACCUUGUUACAAGAUGAUAACAACUUGUUCCAGACUUGUCACAACAACUGGGAACAAGCAGUGCGAACACAUCCUGAUAUCGGCUUCACAACAACCUUGCUUACAAUUUGUUUGUAGAUCUCUAACAACUUGUGCGUUUUUAUACGAGGGUAGUUCAGACACAAACCGUAACACUUCGUAAUUGCAUAUUGAUGAAUUCUGCACGAUCAAGAAUGGUAAUGACGCGAGCUUCGAAUAAGUAUGUUAAUUUUUCAAUAAUGGUAAAUAGCGCCGUUUGAAUCUAUAUGGAAGAAUUAUCGAAGGUAGAAUAUUAAACAUUGUCUAUUCUUAAAGGACAUUGGCAAUUAAAAAAAAAUUACUUUCUCUCAUUCAAAAGAUUACAUAUUAAACUAUAUUACCGAUUUGUCAUAUCUUGCUUAGUUCUCGAAAUGUUUAGACCGAAAUUAAUCAGCUGUCGCCAUCUUGGACUAAUUCUAAUUGACCUCAUUAACUAUGGUUUUGAUGACGUCAGGAGUUGGGUUUAACCAUAUAAAACUACUCUAAAAUGACCGAGUAACAAUUCUAAAUUGUUUGAAGUGUUUUUGAUCAUUUCGAAAUUUCAGACAGCAACCAGAAACGAAGUUUUGAACCCAUAUUGAUCGCUUACUCUCAAGAUAAAAAAAUUAGCGUGACUCCUCUCUUGACGUAACAUGCAUAUCCUCAAUAAUCCAAGAUGGCGAACAGCUCACUUUUUUCAGUCGAAAUAUUUUGAAAACUAAGCAAGAUAUAAACAAUAUGUAACGGAGUUUAAUAUAGAGUUUCAAUAGUUCUUUCAAACGAACUAAACUAAUUUUU